GUUCCCGGCGUCGAAGAAGACGAAAGCUCCUGACGUCACGAAAGGACAACUCUCUGUCCGGAGGUCGUUUUUCUCUCUCUUUGAGCCGGCAGUCGCAGCUAAGCGGAGGCGCCAUCUUAAAGACGCACAUAAACGCAGCUCCGCGGGCAGACCGGACCACCACCAUGUAUCCAACCGCUUUGACGCACCUGGCUCGGGCUAACCCUUUCAGCGCCCCGCUGUUCAGCCUCCAGAAGGUGGAAGAACCACAGCAGAGUCUUCAUGGACAGAAGACACGCCGGCUGGCAGCAGCCGCCACGGCAGACGAUGAAAAUAGCUGCGAGUUUGGCUCCUCAAAAUACUAUGCCCUGUGUGGGUUUGGGGGCAUCCUGAGCUGCGGCCUUACACACACAGCAGUAGUACCCCUCGACCUUGUCAAGUGUCGUCUGCAGGUGGACCCAGAUAAAUACAAGAGCAUUGGCACUGGCUUUUCUGUGACCGUGAGAGAGGAUGGUGUCAGGGGCUUGGCUAAGGGCUGGGCACCCACAUUCAUCGGCUACUCCAUGCAGGGACUCUGCAAAUUUGGGUUCUAUGAGGUGUUUAAAGUCUUCUACAGUGACCUCAUAGGCGAGGAAAACACCUAUUUGUGGAGAACAUCGCUGUACCUUGCUGCCUCAGCCAGUGCAGAGUUCUUUGCUGACAUAGCUCUUGCUCCAAUGGAGGCUGUCAAAGUCCGUAUCCAGACCCAGCCAGGCUAUGCAAACACCCUUAGAGAGUGUGUCCCCAAAAUGUAUUCAGAGGAGGGGAUCUGGGCUUUCUACAAAGGUGUGGUACCUCUGUGGAUGAGACAAAUUCCCUACACCAUGAUGAAGUUUGCCUGCUUUGAGCGUACUGUAGAGAUGCUCUACAAGUAUGUUGUGCCCAAGCCCCGCAGCGAGUGCUCCAAAGCCGAGCAACUGGUUGUUACCUUUGUGGCCGGUUACAUUGCUGGGGUGUUUUGUGCCAUUGUGUCCCAUCCUGCUGAUUCUGUGGUGUCUGUGCUGAACAAGGAGAAAGGAAGCACUGCUGUCCAGGUCUUGAAGAAGCUGGGACCCAAAGGUGUGUGGAAGGGCCUGGUUGCCCGUAUCAUCAUGAUUGGUACUCUGACGGCUCUGCAGUGGUUCAUCUACGAUUCAGUCAAGGUCUACUUCCGUCUGCCCCGCCCUCCUCCUCCUGAGAUGCCCGAGUCCCUAAAGAAGAAGCUUGGUCUCACUGAGUAAAACAAAAAGAAAACACCCUUCUUGACCACCAUUAUUCCCCCACUGGGCGGCAGCCAGCAGAUGGCAACUGAUUUCCCCACUUUCAUUGUGCGUACACAGCAAUUUUCUAUAUUUAUGUCAUCAAACUCUGCUGCUUCAGGGAGUGGGGCUGUAGCUAAUCAUAAGGCAAAAAGAAGCUGGUGUUUGCUUAACGGACUGACAAAGAAUAUUCCCUUGUAAAACACUUGCCUGAUUUUAUUCAGUUUGUCAUUAGAGAAUGGAAAUUAAAGACAAUUCCUUGGAAA